UUGGUGGUAAUGUGACCGACUAAUCGAGAAUAGUUAUCAGACAGCUGACGCGCUCAGCUGACGCGCUCAGUCAGUAAAACCCGUUCUGUAUCGUUUACGCUACUUGCGGUCUAAAUACGAACUCCAUAGCACAAUUGGUUCAUUCGAACCAACCGGUAAGUUAGAACGGAAUAGGUUGAUCCAAGAGUUUCUCAAGUUGACCGCGAAAAACAGUGCCACUCAAAAAAAACAGUAAAUCGCAAUUAUAAGUAUCUGAGAAAAAAGAAACACAAAAAUUUUUGCAAAAAUUUUGUCAACGAACACACAAUCAUGACAGCUCACGUCUUAUGUUUAACGUCGUCCGGUGGAAUUCCAAUUUUCGUACGAAAAAAAGGUGAAGGUGAUGUGAUGACAUUUUCAAAAGUAGCAUCUCUGAACGGUGUCCACAUGUUUCUAAAGUCCCAAAACAUCGAUCUCCAAGACACAGAAACACCGGACACGUCGAUCGUUUGGAAAGAAUUUGCAAAUUGCAUAACUCUCAUAGUGGUGGCGAGUGGAACAUCAAAAUAUAUUUUGGAAAGGUUUUUAGAAGCUGUUUUUAGUGCUAUGGUACUGGUAGCUGGGAUGGACGAAAUAAAAAAUCUUCGUAAUGUUGAACGUCUUAAAAGGGAUUUGCGAAUAUGUAAUCCUAUCAUUGACAAGUUGUUGGAGUGUAUGGAUAUCGGUGACAGAAAUAGCUCGAAAACGGAUUUCAUCGAUAUGACUAGCUGUAUCAUGAGUCCAGAAAAUUAUUUGCUCCAGUCAUGCUUGGAGAUGUUUAUGGAAUGCCUUGAUUCCAUGUACGGAUGCGUAAUAAUCCAUGGCUGUACAGCUGUUGCCACAGAAAGCUGGUGGGAUUUAGAUCCAAUAGAAAGGAAACUUCUCGUUAUGGCUGUAACUUCGGAUACUCAGAGUUCGGCUUUGGAUCUGCCAGUGUUUUUGCCCAACAGAAGCCCCAAUGUUGCCUUUAGAUUGGUUUCCAUAACUUUGGUGAACGGAGUCGAAGUGCUUGGACUAUGUGGUCCGAGUCCAGAAUUAACGGAAGUCGAGAGAUUGGCUGUUCAGUGUUGGAGGAGUCACAUAGAAGUUUUACGAACUGCUGAAGAAGCUUAUCCGCGUAAUAUUCCUGCAGGCAUAAUUCCUGAUUCUGGUAUUCUUGCCUUUUUGCUAGUGAACUACAAAUUAGGAAAAUUCGUUAUAAGUCGGAAUUCGCAGCAAUCAAAAAUCAGAAUCGCAGCAUCACACAGACUCGACAUUUUGCGAACAUUUUAUUAUCAGGCUGUGGAGAAUUUUCUGAUACCUAGACAAUCUGGGAAUAUUGAGGAAGAGGAGAGUAUGAAAAAUGAGGGAAAAUCCUUUGGAGGUGGCAGAGAAACUUAUUGGUGUUCCGAAUAUCACAAAUGUCAUGCUUUGAAAGAAAAUGAUUACGUUAUGUGCACCCUCUAUACAUCCGUUGUCCCUACGCACACAAUGAGAUUCAUCACCCAGAAAACACUCAAAACUUUGUUAGCUGAUAAACAAGUGUGCUGGUGAUCAAAAAGUUCAAAUCUUUUUAUUAGUUUUACAAAAGUAAUUAGUUAAAAAACUAAUUUGAUUCUUAAUUUUUUUUUUGACUAUUCAAACACGCAUUAGGUUUUCCCAAAUAUGGAAGAAAAUCUAAUAUCACUUUUUUUUUUACAAACUAUUUUAAACGUCUUCCAAUGCAAAGAAUCUAAAAAUUACAUUUUAAGGGAAUGGUAGUACUGGUUUAUUUUAAAAUGUUGCGAAAGAUCUAAAAAUUAAGAAAACAAACAGUCUACAUAUUUUUGUAAAUUUAUAUGGUAUUUGUAUAAUUACAAUAAGAAAUAUAAACAAUGCAGUAUUGAAUUCAGCAAAAAUCAUGAAAAAUAA